AUGCUCAGCAGGUUACCAGACGAAGUCAUAUGCGAUAUUCUUUCCUUUCUCCCGACAAAGAUUUCCGUGUCAACCUGCGUUCUCUCGAAAAGAUGGAGUUUUUUGUGGGCCCACGUCCCCGUUUGGGAUUUCGAAGCAGAAUUUUUCGAAGACGAAACACAAAAUCCAGACGUGAUCCACAGGGUUCUUCUUUGGCACAAAGCCAAAACAAUGCAUACUCUUCGGCUCACCCGUAUAGACUGCAAUGAGUAUCAACUGGAUACAUGGAUCACCACCGCCAUUAGGCGUAAAAUACGGAAUCUUUAUCUCGAUUUUGUCUAUGCAGAAACUACUGUUAAGUUGCAUAGACCCCUCUUCAACUGCAAAACCGUGGUCGACAUGAUGCUCGGCAACUGCAAAGGCUUCUCUUCAACUGGGGACAUAUGUUUGCCUAGCCUCAAGAGACUUCAUCUAUCUAGAGUUGAGUAUGAGGAUGAUAAAUCGCUUCCACACUUGCUUUCCGGCUGUCCUUUGCUCCAGGAGUUGAUCCUCGAUUGCGAGUAUUUUGAAAAUUGUUUGAGAUCCUUUAAUAUAUCAUCAUCCACGAUAAGAAUGCUUGAGGUGAAUCUCAUAACCGAAUGCCAGUAUGUCCCUCACUUUUGGUUCUUUACAAAUGCGUCAGCACUUAGAUGUCUCCGUAUGGGUAAUUGUGAUUUGGAUUGCAUCACAUUUUCGAAAGACGUGGCCUCCUUAGUUGAGGUGGACAUAUGCUUUACAAGUUGUUCUGCGUGGAGCAUUGACUACAGUGACGACCCCAAUGUGGUAGAGUUUUUCGAUCGUUUGAGUAAAAUCAAGUUCUUAAAGAUAUCAAGCCAUAAUGACCUGAACAUUAUUGAUGGGUUUGUCGGUUCAAUGGAGAAGCUUAAUAAUUUAACCAAACUUGAACUCCGAGUGGUUGUUGAAUGGUAUUUGCUCGUAGAGUUUCUUCGAGUUGCUGAUAAUCUUCAAGUCCUUAUUGCUGAUGUAGAAAUUCGUAAUUCUUGCACGGAGCCGAAACAAGUGCCUAAAUGCCUACUAUCGUCUCUAAAGACUAUAACAAUUAAGCAACCGGGUUUUGAAGAGCAUGAACUUGAUCUUGUGCGUUAUCUUUUGAGGAAUUCUCAAGUACUUGAGAGAAUGGAAAUAUCGCCCCGAAAAGGCAUAUCGAGUUGGAGUUCGAGUUGUUUUUUGGAUCUCACUGCAACAUUCAAAGCGCUUCAGAGAAUUGCAUUGUUCGAGCGAGGAUCCAAGGCAUGUCAGCUUGCCUUCUUUUUAGAUUGUUGA